AUGUUGACCAACAAGCUGUUCCGUGUUUCUCAGCUCGCUGGACGUGGUUUCCAAAGUGGAUUUGUCUACAAACAAGUUGCUUUUGCUUCUUCAGGUAUGGUACUGUAUUUUUUAGUAGAUAUUAUUUGUUUUUAUUGUUUCAUAAAUUUUUAUAGCUUAUUUUGUAGGUAUAGGUACAUUAAUAUAAGGGGUCAAUUAAAAGUUUGUUUUUUGGAUAAAUUGGUGUUGGUAGCUUAUUUUAAUGGAUAAUAUAGCUGUAUUAGGGUUAUUUUUAAUAUGAUGAGCAAGUUUUAGUAAUUUUGUAAGAUCUAACAUAUGUUAUAGCGUUUUUUGUAGGUAUAGGUACAUUAAUAUCAAUUUUUACUUAAAAUUUGAUGUUUUUAAUCAAAAAUAGGUAAUAAAAACUGUUUUAAAGGUUAAUAUUAGGUAUAGAAUAAUAAAUUUUAUGAAAAUAAUGAUAACAAGUAAUAGUGUAAAACUUGUAUAACAAAAAAUGGCACGAGAAUAGCAUGUUAUUCUUGAAAAGCUGAUAAGAACCGAAUACUUUUGCUUUUAUUUGGUUAAAGACAUAGAUAAAACGAGGUGAAAGUGUGAUAUUAUACUAGAACGUAUUUUAUUUUAUCUAAACAGUUUGAUUUAUAUUGGUUUUGGCUAGUUUUGGUUGUUUUGAUUGGCUAAAAUUGUAAUUUCUGGAUUAGCAUAUCAAACUUUGAGAAAUAAGACUAAAAAUUCAGCCUAUAAAGAAAUAAGCUUAAAAGAAAGUGAAAAUGAGUUUUGGCCAAGAGUUUGAGUAUUUGUCGGAAAUUGGACAAAAACUGGACAUUUCUUCAGGAAACCGCGAAUUCAUCAAGGUGGAGAAGGUGGGAGAAAAGAAGAAUGUUGGUCUGAUCACGCUGAACCGCCCCAAGGCUUUGAAUGCUCUGAACAAGGGAUUGAUGAAUGAGGUAAGGGUUUCUAGAAUGUUUAAUUUAGGUAACUAGACCUGCAAAGGGAUUAGGGUAGGGUGGAGUAGGAUAGAGUAGGGUAAGGUAAGUUAGGGUAGGGUAAUGAAUAAAUGUAAUUUUGGUCAUAUUAGGUCAGAGGAUGUAAAUAAAGGGAAUGACCAUUAUUUUUCAAAUUUAAAAUUAAAAAUUUUUGAAAUUUUAAAAUGUUUUUUAGAUCGCUGAACAAGUAGUCGAAUUCGAUAAUGACAAGUCAGUUGGAGCUAUCAUUAUUACUGGAUCCGAAAAGGCUUUUGCUGGUAAGUUUUGAAUUGUUCUUUAAAAUGGCAAGAACUUUCUUUACAAAACAAAAAAUAGCAAGAAAUUUCUUUACAAAAUGAAAAAUGGCAAGAACUUUCUUUACGAAAAAUAAAAUGACAAAAACUUUGUUUACAAAACAAAAAUUUUUAAAAUAUGCUUAAAUUGAUACCUAAAAUAUUAUUUUUUUCAGCCGGAGCAGACAUCAAGGAGAUGAUCCCCAACGACAUGGCCUCCUGUUUCCAAGAAGGUUUCCUAGAAAACUGGGCGCAGGUCGGCAAACUGCGCAAGCCAAUCAUCGCGGCCGUUAAUGGAUACGCCUUGGGCGGUGGCUGCGAGCUGGCCAUGACUUGUGACAUUAUCUAUGCCGGCGAGAAGGCUCGAUUCGGACAACCAGAAAUUCUUAUUGGUACUAUUCCUGGUGCUGGUGGUACGCAACGAUUGACCCGAGCUGUGGGCAAGAGUUUGGCCAUGGAAUUGUGUUUGACUGGUGAUCAGAUCUCGGCCGAAGAGGCCUUGAAGAGAGGAUUGGUGUCUAAGGUAGGGUGGGGGCAGAGAGGAGGGAUGUCGUGGGGGUAAAGGAAGGCAGAUGUAGGAUAUUGAAGGUAAUGGAAAGGGGGAGUGGAAAAGGGAGGGUGUGCUAGAUUAAAGAGGGGGGGGGGAGAUAAAAAAUAUGUAGAAUUUUGAGGACAAUUGGCAAGAACUUUCUUUACAAAACAAGAAAUGGCAAGAAAUUUCUUUACAAAACAAGAAAUGGCAAGAACUUUCUUUACAAAACGUAAAAUGACAAGAACUUUCUUUACAAAACUGCUUUUUUAUAAAAGCGCAAUAACUUUCUUUACAAAAUUAUUUUUUUGAAAUUUUUAAAAACUCUCACUAUAUAUUGUUGUAGGUGUUCCCAGUAGAUCAACUAGUCCCCGAAGCCAUUAAAUUGGGCGAGAAAAUCGCUGCCAACUCUCCACUGAUCACUCAGCUAGCCAAAGAAUCCGUGAACCGUGCCUUCGAGACCUCGCUACAAGAAGGUCUCCUGUUCGAACGUCGCUUCUUCCACGUCACCUUCGGCACGAAGGACCGCAAAGAAGGAAUGACAGCCUUUUCCGAGAAAAGAAAACCCAACUGGACCUCGUCCUAG